AUGGCUAAAGCAGAGCAGCCCAUUUUUGCACAAGGCAAAGAGGGGCAACAAAUGGAGGGAAGAGGCGGUGGGAAAAGUUCACCGUCGUACGAGGGCGAAAACAACAAAACCCGUCGCAAGGCCCCACAAGUGCACAGCAACAACAACAACAACAACAGAACACCACCUCUCGGGUCCCCCCGGCACGCUGCUGUCUAUUUCGGGUUGGAGAGCAGCAGGAAGCGAGCAGCUCGGGGACACGGAGGAAACCCGAAAGGAAGAAAGCCGCCGGCCGUCUCCCUUCACCUGCCCCUCCUGCUCCGAGCCGGACCUACGGGCGAGCUCCGCCGAGCGCGCCGGGGCCCCGGGGCUCCCGCUCCCGCCCGGCUCCGCAGCCCCCGGCGCUCCCGCUCCGCCGCUGCCGUCGCCGCGGGGGGAGGAAACGCGAGGCGGCCCCCGUCCGCGGAAGGCGUGGAGGGUGGGGUGACUCACACCUGCCCGGGAGAGCGCCCCGUUGGUCUCCGACCUCCCCCGCCCCGAGACGGGGCGCUCGCCCCUCCUGCAGGCCGGCCGGACCGGGAGCCGAGCCGAGCCCGCGGUCCUGUUGACCACCUGCCCGGAGGGUCCGGGGGUUCCGGCUGUGUGGACGGACGCAGGGCUUCCGCGGGGAUGACGGAUGCGGUUCGCUCCCCGCGGCCCCCUUCCCCCGGGCCUGCCCGCGCCCCAGACCCCCAGCCCGGGCAGCUAGGCCGCCUCCCAGAAGCAGAGCCUCAGGAGGUCCGCUUUCGAGGCUUCGUUUUUGCACCCGCAAAAUCAGGGAUUGGGGCCGACAUAACCCCCCAGUGCCAAAAUAAUGAUAGCGACCGUCGCUGA